AUGGUAUUUUUAACAAAAUUUAUAUCACUGAAUUACAUUUGCGAAAGUGUUUGUGCCAAGGUGCAAAAAACCAAAGCUUUGACACAUAAAUUAACAGAUCUCAUACGCUUUACGGAAACGCGUAAAGAGAUUUAUCAAUUUCUUUUACAAAUGUCACUUCGGCCCUUAGAAUUCCGCGGAAUGGGCGUGAUCCAUUUUGGCUACAAAUUCAUUAAUAAGUUCUUUAUCUGGGUACUUAGCGUUAUUAUUUUUAUAUUACAAAUGGAUACUCCCCCUAUGUAUGAAUUACUAAAAUCUAAUGGGAUUAAUGAAACAUGUUUGGAAAGAAAUAUUAAUUUUUCACACUUUGAAGUGAACCAUGUAUAG